AUGGCCGACGCCAGCAACAAGAAGCGCAAGAGGGACGACGGGGCACCUCCGAGCCAGCCAAAGAAAAAGGUUGCGCUGCAUGUGCCGGGGUCGAGGGUUGCCGUGUCCUCGCUUCUGCAGCCCAAGACUUGUCCGCCGAUAAUAGCUACCGCUCCUGGCCUACAGGUUCCACGAGAUGCCGCCUUUCACUUGUACCAGUCCAGACAAGGAUCACGGGCCGAGUCGAACGAGUCGAACGGGUCGAAAAAUGCCGGCACGCAGCAAAUUCUGCUGCACUCCACCUCGCACCCGAGCUUGGACUACACGGCAAAGGAAGAGGGCAACAGGGGCGCGGCCUUGGGCGUCCGCCAUUUCGUCGCCAUUUACGACGCCAAGUCGGGCAAGCUCCAGGUGGUCGAGGCGAAGAAAAUGGUGGUCCGCGGCGCCGUUCGCGCCAAGCAGGCGCCCGCCUCGGCCAUGGGCGAGGUCCAAUCCCAGCCGAGCAUGACGGACCGUCGUGCCGACCUGGGCCAAACGUUUGGCACCAAAAAGGCCAAAAAGGCCCUUCGUGACACCGUCAUCAACGCCAUCGCGCCGCAGAGCAAAGGCGGCGAUGCCGAGGCGAGAAUUGACGAUGCCGGGAGAGCAGUGUUCCAGGCCGUCGGCCAGGCCACCAGCAGGAUGGCCACCCGGGAAGCGCUCCAGGCGGCGGUUGACGCGGCCAAGCCCGUGCCGCGGGCCAACGUGGAUGCGCAAGCCGUCGAGGACGUCUACGACCCCGAGGCCAUCAUCGGCGCCGACGUGCUCAACCUGGUGCCGGUCCGGGAGUGGCAGGAAAAGGCCGAGCACAAGGAGAGCAUCCGGACCAUCUCGCGAUUCGUGGCCGCGAGGGUCAACGCCCUGGCCACGGCCACCAGCAAGGACGCCGUGACGCGGCUGAGGGUGCUGCGAUACUACAACCUUGUGCUCACCUUUUACCUGGGCACCAAGCCGGGGAAGCAGCGCGGCACGCGCCUGGUGGCGCCGCGGGAGAAGCUGCGGGAGCUGCUGGCGCCGGCGCCGGAAGCCGUGGUGGAGAACAUCCGGCGCAGGUUCUCGGACGCCGGGGUCGUGCGGAAGUACCACCUGGACCUGCUCAUGGCCUACUGCUGCGUGCUGGCGUGCAUAGUGGACGGUUUCGAGGUGGACACGCAGAACCUGCGGGAGGACCUCAGGCUGGACCAGAAGACCAUCAACGGCUACUUUCACGAGAUUGGCGGCCGCGUCAAGCCCGUGGGCAGCAAGGCCGAGGGCGGGCGGCUCACCCACGUGGGCAAACUCGCGCUGCCGCUGAGGUUUCCCAAGCAGCGGCAGAUGGCUCGUCGCCGGAAGUAG